CUCGAAACGACCUUAGCGUUUCCUGCGCUAUCCAGGGCAAAUCCGAAAAUUUCGAAUUCGAUUGUCUUGGGCGAGGAAAAGUUGGAUCAGCAAACGCGUUCGCAGGUGGCGUCCAGUGAAUCGCCGGCAAAUGUAACAUCAAACGGAGCAGCUGUUUCACCAUCACAGCUCGAUGCGUAUCUCCAGCAGCCGGUCACGCGUGUGCAUUUUCUGUCACCGGAAACUGAGAAGGAGCUGCAGAGUCUCGUUGCCAAGUACCGGCCGAAGUCGGUAGUGCCCGAUGCGACCGACCCCUUGCUUGAAGACCCGGGAUUUCCCGAAGGAUUGCGAAACACCCUUCAGAAAUUCAAUUGGACCAUCGAGAAGCGGCUUGGCAUUGGGGGAUUCGGAUCCGUGUACCGCUGUUUCGAGACCACGGAUAAAAACACUUCUAGCAAAGUGCGGUGGACCAGGACCAGGAGGCACUUUGCGAUAAAGGUGGGCAAACUCCUGCAUCUCCGACAAGGGCCAGCGCCAGGGCAGCACAAAAAAAAUGCGAAGAAAGUUGCGACGCCGAUUCCACCCAUCGCCGCUGCCGCGAGAAGGCGGCUGGAG